GUGUGUUGUCUGUGAUGUUCUGAUUAACUGGCCAGUUAUUUAACCUGGCAAUUUAGUUUGAGGUCACCUUGUAGUGACUGGUAGCUGGAAAGCAUCAUGUACAACUGCUGGAUUCCAGUUAUACUGCAGAAUGUGCAUCAGGAGUCCCAAAGGAAUCCCUGUGAAAGUACAAUACAGUAAAAUAAAAGACCUCAGAUGCUGGAGGCCUGAGAUAAAAUCAGCAGCUCUGGCAGAACCUGGAGAGACUAAACAGAGGGACACUUUGUGAAAUUAUGUUUCUGUGUCAAAAUUACAUAAAAGGCUUGCCUAGAUCUACUUACGAACAUCAGUGCUGCUGCAUGCCGAGGCAUCGGGUUCCAACAUUGAUUAGGAAAGGAUAACUCAUGCCAUUGAGAUAUCUUGAUCUUUGUGGAGAACUUUCUUCAGAGUUAGUAAGCUUUCUGAUAGAAGAAGACAGUUUGAAAUAAAUGUUUACCUGGAAUAUGGUCGUCAUCUCAAGCAUCUUUCAAGGGUUCUAUUCUUUUCUUAAUGUACUGUAGGUUGUAUAAAGAUGGAGGACUUGCCUGAACUGUACAUGACAUUACAAGGCGAGGUUGCAUCUGUAAAAGAAUAUGGAGCAUUUAUUAAAAUUCCGGGUUGCAAGCGACAAGGUCUGGUCCACAAGUCACACAUGUCAGCAAGCCGUGUGGAUAAUCCCUCUGAGAUUGUUGAUGUUGGAGAAAGGGUCUGGGUUAAAGUAAUCGGGAAAGAGGUACAGGUAAAGGAUGGCAAAGUCAAGCUUUCUCUUUCAAUGAAGGCUGUUAAUCAGGGAUCUGGGAAGGACCUCGAUCCAAAUAACGUUAUUCUUGACCAGGAUGAAAGAAGGAAGCGCAAGUUCAAAGAUUUUACAGGGCAGAAAAUAAAACUUGAAGCCGUUCUAAACACAGUUUGCAAAAAAUGUGGAUGUAAAGGACAUUUUGCGAAAGACUGCUUCAUGCAGCCUGGUGGCGUUAAGUACAGUCUCGUUCCUGAUGAUGAGGUGGAACCAGCUGACAGCGCCAGCCAAUCUGAAUUUCAGCCUCCAAAGAAGAAAAAGAAGGAUAAAGUAAAGAAGCAGAAGAAAAGUAAAGGCAAGUUGUCUUCCUCUGAUUCUAAUUCUUCUGAAUCGUCAGACUCGAGCAGUGAGGAGGACCGCUCAGCCCCCAAGGCGCACAAACAUUCGGAAAAAACUCAACGAUCACACAAGAAGAAAAAGCAUAAAAAGCACAAGCAUAAGAAAUCCAAAAAGAGAGAUUAAAUCUUGGUAUUUGGUAAAGAAAACUGAAAAUCCUGCAUGUUGUUCUCGAGCUGUGUAUGGAAACCCCCACUAGAGAAGUUUAAAAUGAUGUGCUCUUCUUGUUUCUCAGUAAUUUACUCUUGUAGAUUGUAUUUUCUCCCAAGUCUGAACCAAAUUUUGAAAUCCAUCAGAUGUGUUACUUUGUUGUGGCGAAAGGCUUUUACAAAUUGAAACUUUUUUUUUUAAAAAUCCACUUUGUGUUUUGCACAAUGGUUCAGACCUGGUGAGUGGCUGCUCUACAUUGAAUCCCUUGACCCUGUAAUUGCAUUGGGUGAAAAUAACAUAACCCGAGUCAUUCAAAAUUCCUUUAUCCAUAUUUUAAUGGAAACUGCUUAUUUUAAAUGAAACAAUAUCUUCAUUAAAAUACUGGACAACAGAAAAA